AUGUUAAAUUGGAAAGUAUUGAAACAUAUAAGUGGAUUUUUAAGAGAGAUUGAACCACAUGAUACAUAUGUCAGUGAGAAGGUUAUUGAUAAUAUUCAUUCAGUUUCAUCUUUUAUAGCUAAGGCUGAUACUGAUAGUGUUCAAUAUAAGGAUGAUAAAAUUAUUUUAAUAUCUGAUAAUAAUGAAGGCAGUUUAGUAAACUUUAAUGAGAAAAUAAACAUUAACAACUUUGCUAUAAGUAUUGAUAUAGAUAAUAUUAUACAUCAUGAUCAUCGAAAGUCAGGUAUAUACUUAUGGGUUACAGAAUCUAAGUUGACGAGAGGAACUUUAAAGGGGGCUAGUAAUAAGUUUAAUGGUAUCAUGGCUGGAAUUGAAUUUGCAUACAACCGUAUUAAUACAGUUUUUACAUACAAUUUUGGAAUUGAUUAUACAAACAGGGAAAAGCAUGUUAUUCAUGACGAUAAUUUAAAUAUGAAGAAACUUAAUGAUGUAAAAAAAAUUACUUUUAAAAUGAUUCAUACUGAAAAAAAUCUUAAAUUGGAAGUUUAUGGAGAUGACAAACUAGUUUCUGACACCUUUAAGAUAUUUGAUCCAAAUUACUUAAAAAUGGACUUUAACGCCUAUAAUCUUGGAAUUACAACUGUUUAUGAACAUCCUUCUGAAUCAUCAACUAUUAAAGCAAGCAAUCUUUUAAUAUCAGAAAGAAAUGAAAGUGAUCAAUAUCACCCAGUGGAUUUACAUACACCUUUAAAUGACUUUAUUAAAACUAAAAGUGAUGAUGAAAUCAGAUUGGCACUAGCAAAUGCAUCACACUUUAUAAACUAUUUAGCAGCUGCUUUUGGUGUGUCUGAUAAAUCAACAAUUCAAUCUUUAGUUGUAAAAUCUAUUGAUUCUGCUAAGAUUGCUAAAGACAAAGUAGAAGAAUUUGUUUCAAGUGUUGCCAAAAAUAGAAAAUUGAGUAUAAAAAACAAUGAUAAUGGAAUUAAUGAUAAGUUGAAGGCGUUAGAAUUUGAUUUAAAUAAUAUUAACAUGAGAAUGAUGUUAUUAAAAAAGAAAAUUGCAACUAUUACACCAUCUGAAACUGAUAAUACUUUACUGAUUAUAAUGGCUAGUGUAAUUGGAGUAAUGAGCUUAAUAAAAGUAAUAUCGUUUAUUAUCUCAAAGAAGAAAUCAGAAAUAAAAAAAGAAUAA